AUGCAGCUGGCGAUGAAGAGAAAAUACUUCGCUGAGAGAAUCCGGCAAAACAAGCGGGAUAAUGGAGCAAAGCGCCCACACCCGCGCUGCGGGCGCGACAUUCAGAGCCGAGCUGCUGGAAUAGGUGGAGAGAACCGCAAGUGUCGCGAGGCUGGCAGUGAAGCAGAAGACGGACAGGAAAGCGAUAGUGGCGAGGAGGACGCGCCAGACGACGACGGCGAAAUAAUGUAUAGUGAUGGAGACGGAGUACACUCAGGUGGCGAGGAUCAAGAACACGACGAAGAAUAG